AUACACAUGUUUUAAUGAUUUUGUAUAGAUAUAUUAUGAAAUUGAAUCCACUUUUUUUAUUUUGAAUGACUAGUUGAUUAAAUGAUUAGAUUCAAUUUAGAUUUCUUUAGUACUAAUAUUAUUUUUUGUCCACUGCUGGCCUCGUCUUGAUUAAGAAUGGUCGGUGCAUUGUGUAUACCAAAAGAUUGCGCAUCAUAUAGGAAGGGCGUAGAAUGCACCCCAAAGACAGCGAAAGGAAAAGAUAUGCUGCUCAUUCCUUGUAAUGACAAUGUUCAAACCUUGCCUCAUCCAGUCGUCGUCUCAUUACCAGAAAUCAAACCAAUCAUUCCGAAUAGGUUUGCACAAGCGUUAUAUUUGAAGUACCCAUUCUUAGUACCAAAACGAUAUCCUGAAGACAAUGUUAAUACCAUUAACUGCGCUCGUCAUGCUGAUCAUUACAAGACGUCAUACUCAAUUGAUUAUGGCAUCAAAGAACAUAUACCAUUUCUAAUGAGGUCUCCAGGAAUGCACAUUCCUAAAGAGAAAUUCCAAUUACGUGACCCAUAUAAGCCAUACAUACAUCGAGUGUACACAAACGAAAUAACAUCUGGCCCUACAUUUCCUUGGUCAUGUCCACCCGCAGCCUUAAAUAAGGCAGAGAAAAACCACCCACCCUCUAGCGAAUAUAAUGACAAUAUCAACAGGAUGGCAAAGUUAUUUCUGAAAAAGAAGGUUUUUAAUAAAAAAGUGUGUAUCAAGAUGAAACGGCAACACACACUUCCACCUUUUGAAUCAAUCCUGGGAUGAUGUCAGUGGGUUUUUUUUUCUGACUCCAAUCCAACUUAGUCUUAUAUCUGUGGAAUUGCCAGAUUGUCUUUUCACCUAUACUAAGAACUAUCUGUCAUUUAGAAAAACCUAUCUGGAGUCAUUGGAAUAAUAAAACAAGAUUAGGAUGAUGAAGUUAUACAUGCAAGCGCUUCGAAGUCUUGAAUGUUCAAAGAACCGUAUUUAAUUCAAGCAAAAAAUAAAACAUUAGAUUGAGUUUUGUUA